GGCCUGACAACGUUAGAUCAUUAUAUACAUACAUAUAGAUAUAUAGCAAUAUACAAGAAUACAAAUAUAUAUACAUAUAUAUCGAUUGGCAAGCCCCCUCACACCGCCCCCGCCCCGUCUCACAAAACACCCACACACACUGUGAUAGUUCUUGAUUCACACUGAAUGCGAAAAGCGCUGAAAAUUCAUUCAUAAAAGCAUCUACGGACAAGCUUAAACACAAGCCGCAAAACACAAGUAGAGACCAAGUGCAAUAAGACGAUUGGCUAAUACAAUUGGAUCCGAAGGGCAGCUAUUUAAAGCAUAUAUAUCUAUAUAUUAAAUAUUGUAUACAACGUUUUACAUAUUUACAAAAACCCCAAAAAAUACAACUAAAAACCCAAGCGAAUAUCGAAUUCAUUCAACUGCAAAGAGCAGCCGGAUUGCGCAUACGCCGCGUAUGGCAGUCUGUGUGAGUGCCCGUGUUCAUCAGCGGUUGCAACAAUUGAUACCAAGUGUACAUAACAAUAACUAUAACUAUAACUAUUUCACCAAUCAACUGCAGCGGCAACAACAACAGCAAGCGUUACAAACGUCACCAAAGCUUCGCAUUUCCCAUUAAUAAUUAUGUAUACGCAACGUAUGUUUGACAUGUGGAGCAGCGUCACUUCGAAACUGGAAGCACACGCAAACAACCUCGGUCAAAGCAACGUCCAAUCACCAGCGGGACAAAACAACUCCAGCGGUUCUAUCAAAGCUCAAAUUGAGAUAAUUCCAUGCAAAGUCUGCGGCGACAAGUCAUCCGGCGUGCACUACGGCGUGAUCACCUGCGAGGGCUGCAAGGGAUUCUUUCGAAGGUCGCAGAGCUCGGUGGUGAACUACCAGUGUCCGCGCAACAAGCAAUGUGUCGUGGACCGCGUUAAUCGCAACCGCUGUCAAUACUGUAGACUGCAAAAGUGCCUAAAAUUGGGAAUGAGUCGUGAUGCUGUAAAGUUCGGCAGGAUGUCCAAGAAGCAGCGCGAGAAGGUCGAGGACGAGGUGCGCUUCCAUCGGGCCCAGAUGAGGGCCCAAAGUGACGCGGCACCCGACAGCUCCGUCUAUGACACGCAGACGCCCUCGAGCAGCGACCAGCUGCAUCACAACAACUACAAUAGCUACAGCGGCGGCUAUUCGAACAACGAGGUGGGCUACGGCAGUCCCUACGGCUACUCGGCCUCCGUGACGCCCCAGCAGACCAUGCAGUACGACAUCUCGGCGGACUACGUGGACAGCACCACCUACGAGCCGCGCAGUACAAUAAUCGAUCCCGAAUUUAUUAGUCACGCGGAUGGCGAUAUCAACGAUGUGCUGAUCAAGACGCUGGCGGAGGCGCAUGCAAACACAAAUACCAAACUGGAAGCUGUGCACGACAUGUUCCGAAAGCAGCCGGAUGUGUCACGCAUUCUCUACUACAAGAAUCUGGGCCAAGAGGAACUUUGGCUGGACUGCGCCGAGAAGCUUACACAAAUGAUACAGAACAUAAUCGAAUUUGCUAAGCUAAUACCGGGAUUCAUGCGCCUGAGUCAGGAUGAUCAGAUAUUACUGCUGAAGACGGGCUCCUUUGAGCUGGCGAUUGUUCGCAUGUCCAGACUGCUAGAUCUCUCACAGAACGCGGUACUCUACGGCGAUGUGAUGCUGCCCCAGGAGGCGUUCUACACAUCCGACUCGGAGGAGAUGCGUCUGGUGUCGCGCAUCUUCCAAACGGCCAAGUCGAUAGCCGAACUCAAACUGACUGAAACCGAACUGGCGCUGUAUCAGAGCUUAGUGCUGCUCUGGCCAGAACGCAAUGGAGUGCGUGGUAAUACGGAAAUACAGAGGCUUUUCAAUCUGAGCAUGAAUGCGAUCCGGCAGGAGCUGGAAACGAAUCAUGCGCCGCUCAAGGGCGAUGUCACCGUGCUGGACACACUGCUGAACAACAUACCCAAUUUCCGCGACAUUUCCAUCUUGCACAUGGAAUCGCUGAGCAAGUUCAAGCUGCAGCACCCGAACGUCGUUUUCCCGGCGCUGUACAAGGAGCUGUUCUCGAUAGAUUCGCAGCAGGACCUGACAUAACAAGAGCAGCAGCCGUUCCUGGAGACGACCGCGGACGACGUUGCCGAGGACGCGGCUGCCACUGGAUGCGUCCUGCCGCCGGUGGUGCCCCCUGCCGGGCAGCAGCCGCCGCUGCUCGAGGACUGAGGGCCGCAGGAUGCGGCAACAAUAAUUAUUUGAGUAAACACUGCACUGCGAUUGCAGCAGAUACAAGAACUUUAUCAUGAUUUAAGCUAGCAUACAACCAAGGAUGUGAUCCUCGCCAAGGACUCACUUAAAAAGAACUCUAUCUAUAUACAUAUAUAUAUUAUAUAUGACAGAGCGGAUGACGCAAAGGGAAGGGAAAAUAUUUAAAAAAUAUUGUUAACUCAGUUAAGACUUUUGCUUCGUAGAGAACCGAAACCGAAACCGAUUGCAUUUUGAGCAAGGGGCAUCAAACUCUGAUUUUCGAGGUUACACUAUA